CUUAAAAUAUUUAAAUUAUAUGUGCAAAUAUGGUUUGAAACCAAUGUUCAAACGGGGCCUAAAUAAGAAUCGUUGUCUCCGUAGAGUUGUCUGGAGAUUCUCAAUUAACUUUCUCCGAAGUGCUUGUGGUCUAAGAAACAAUGGAGAUGGAGCAGCAGUUGGAGUGGAAUGAAGCACAGAAGAUUGUAAUAAAUGUAGACCUUAUUGCUGCAGCCAAACAGCACCUUGAGUUUCUUGCUACCAUUGAUAGGAACCGUUGGCUCUAUGAAGGCCCUGGUUUGAAUAUGGCAAUUUAUAGGUACUAUUCGUGUUGGCUACCGUUGUUGGCAAAACAUUCUGAGUGCCCCUUCUUUGAAGGACCUUUGGUUGUUCCCCUUGAUUGUGAAUGGGUUUGGCAUUGCCAUAGGCUCAAUCCUGUUAGAUACAAGACUGACUGCGAGCAAUUAUAUGGGAGGAUUCUUGACAACCAUAACAUUGUAUCUUCUUUGAAAGGAAUAUCAAAAAUGGAAACAGAAGAGACAUGGAAAAAUUUGUAUCCGAAUGAACCGUAUGACUUGGAUUCAGCGAGAGCUCUUUCAGAUAAAAACCCUGCACAAAUUCUAGAAUCUGAAAACUGCAGUAACUAUGAUUUAGUCUCUGCUGUUAAAAGGCAAAGCCCCUUCUUCUACCAGAUUGUUCAGACAUGCUGGUAUGGUACACAUCAUUUGCGGUCUUAUAUCAUGUAUUUCCUCCAGGUGUCUAGACCCCACAUGACAAAUGAGGUCUAUCUUGAAGGAGCUGUGGCUCGAUACAAGGGUUUCUUACACUUAAUCCGGAGAAACAUAGCAAGAUCAAUUAAGAGCUUCUCUGUUCCAACUUAUGACAUUGACCUUAUCUGGCACACUCACCAGUUACAUCCUAUUUCGUAUUGUAAAGAUCUUGUUGAUAUCAUGGGUGAGGUGUUAAAUCAUGAUGAUACUGAUUCAGACAGAACAAAAGGGCAGAAGCUGGAUACUGGGUUUUCUGGAACUACAAAACUUUGGGAGGAAAUAUAUGGUUUAAGCUAUUGGAGGGCAGGUGCAAUGUAUAGAGGAAAUACACCAUCUCCUCUUAGAACUUGUGCUUACCCCUCCAAUCCCGUGAGCAAGAAGGAAGAUACCUUUGCAGAUCAGAAGAUAAUUCAUCUUCCAGAGAUGAAAGUUUUGGAAGUCAUGUUGGAGAUCAUAGGCAUAAGAAACUUACCUGAAGGUCGCAAGGGAGGCUUCUUUGUUUACUUUAGCAAGUCACAGCCUGAUAGAAUCUUUAAUGCAAGAAAGAAACUUACUAUUUUCUCUGAGAGUGGGGAAAAGCAGGUUGCUUACUUCCAAUGUGAACCUUGUGGACAUCUUCUAUUAGAAAUCAUGUCCCAGUCAUCUCAUGAUAUGUCGAUUUCAAAAUCUGUUGAAGUUAUAGGUUCUACUGCUCUCUCUUUAAACGAUUUGACUUGCCCAGCUUCAAAACUCACAAUGGAGAAAUGGUUGGAAGUUGUGCAAAGCACUAAAUUAGAAGCAUUGGAACCAAUCUGUAUACGAGUAGCUGUAUCAGUUACAACACCUAGUGCUGCACCAUAUGUGUUUCACAUGGUUUGCACCCGAGCAUUCUCAAAAAUUUCUUGUUUUUUCACAUUUCGUGGAAGGAUUCAGUAUGCAAAGAAUUGGACUCGUGUCAUUGAUGAUGCUGGUGAUGAGAUCAUUAGCCUACAAAUGAGGAACUCCAAGAAAUCAAAGAGAAUGAGUGAUUCUACAUUGAAAAAGGAGUUGAUCGGCAUCAACAAGGCUGGUGAGACGCAUACUCUUGCUAAGUUAGUUGGGAAAGCGUGGUUGUUAGUGGAUUCCCACUGGUCCCUCCAAUUUCAAACUUGCAGUGGCGAUGAUGGUUACCUUUUGGAGUUGGUUGGUGGUUCCAGGAUUAUAAAGUUCUUCCCUGGUCAAAAGUUGGAUUAUGAGCACAAGCACUGUGCAAAGGGAAGAAAUCAAGAUGAUUUUAUGACGGCAAUUGAAUUCUCUUCAGAGCACCCAUAUGGAAGGGCACUGGCGUUGCUCGACUUAAAAUGUGGUGUUAUCAAUGUCAAAGAGGAGUGGUUACUUUUGCCUGGCAUCAUAACAGCUUUUAUACUAGGUGAUAUUUUGAGAAAGAAAGGGUAUAGCAGCUUGCUGAGCAUUGGCAACAAUUUGAAGGAUAAGAAUACUUCAAUUGAAGAAACUAAUGCAUGCAAUGAAUAGGGCAACAAAAGUAGUCUGAAAUUCUGAUGCUGAGAAGGCAAUGAAUGUUGGAAAUGUGUGUUUAUACUUGUUAAUAUGCUUGUGUAUCUGUUUGUGCAGGUGUGUAUGAUGUAUAUAAUAAUGUAUAAAAGCUGAAUAAGUUUCUGAGUUCUCAAUUA